AUGUUAAUAGAAGGUGUUCCUAACAUGUUACCAUUCGUAAUGCAUGAGCCAUAUCCACCAGCGCAUGGUAUGUACUACCUAAUGAGUCCAAACUAUGAGCUGUCAAUUACAACUUCAAAUCCAAUUGACGAGUAUAUGGAGUAUAUAGAGGAACAAGGAUUUGGAAAACAACUGUCUGUAAUUAAUAGUAUUGGAUAUGUGACCCUACUUGCUCACCCACGCUACGUAAUACGAUUACCAAAAUGGGGAACACCGAACAAGAGUAUAAACGGAGUUAAAGCACAGAAAUUAAACCGCAUAGCAUUUACCACUCAGCAAAUGCUGCAACUGGAGGAAGACAAAUGUAAAGUAAGACGUUUCAGUAGUAAGGACGUCACCGGAGAUGCUGAUCCUAGUAUGAUAUGUACUACCAAGAAACUCGAAACAAUAUUGUCUCCAUCGGAACCUUCGAGCACGGUCGGGAUCUUUUUCGACUUAACUACGAAUCAUUCCGUUCAGGAUUUGAACCGCACCGUGCCGAGAAAUGUAACGGCACCGUAUUUACCGCCUUAUGAGAUGCCGCCUACACAGAAUACUUCUAAUGGCUUUAGCAUGAAUGGUAUUCAGUACGUGCAGGACAAUUUUAAUGGUCAUCACCCGACAUUUAGUGGAAGCCACAGGGAUUUCAACGGCCACAUAAUAACAAAUGGUAUAACCGGAUCUUACGGAAAUGUGACCGCAGUUGCUCACCUUCGCUACUUGAAACCAUCAUCAAGUGCGGUAACACCGGGCAAACGCGUAAACGGAGUCAAGAAACCAAAAAGAAGUCGUACUGCAUUUACCACGCAGCAACUUCUGCAGCUGGAGGAGCAAUUUUCACGAAACCGAUAUUUAGACCGGACGCGGCUCAUAGAACUGGCAGCGGUUCCGAAUUUAAACGAGAGAAAUAUUAAAAUUUGGUUUCAGAACCGUAGAAUGAAAGAAAAGAAGGACAACUUAGAAGAAAGUAUUGAGGAACCCGAAAAAAGUGAAGACUGA